AAGGUUGCAAGUAGGGUCCACCCACUGCAUGAAUAGAUUUUUUGCACUAAUAGGAACUCUUGCAUUGGGUGCCUUUAAUCAUUAAGACUACAUUAAGGUAAAGGAAAGUACAUCAUCCACGUUAAAAGUUACCAUGUGUUCCUGGAUGUGCUGUUGGCUGAUGCUAUGUUUUUGCAUUUCUGCUUUAAAUUCGAACAUCUUGACUCAAUCUCCAGGACUCAUACACGUGUCAAUGGGUAACACAGUUGAAUUAAAGUGUACAUUUGAAAAGAAAGUUGACUUCUGUUAUACCACCUCUUGGUAUAAAAUAAAUCCAAGAACGAAUAAACUUGUGCCAAUAACGUAUAUCAGGUCUGAAAGCGAUGAGGAAGAUGAUAAAACUUGCAUUUUAAAAAUCAAAAACUUGACCCCGAAGGAUUCAGGCAGGUAUUAUUGCAAUGGCCAGCAUAAUUCAUUUACUUUUAUCGGCAGUGGAAGCAAGGUGAUCGUUACAGAUCACUCUGAACCAAAACUAUCCAUCCUCUACUCACCCAAUGAGAUGGAUACAUCAGUGGUCUCACUGCAGUGCCUUGUAAGUGGAGUUGUCCCGUUUCAGGUCCGUGUGUUCUGGAUGAUCGGUGAUAAAGAGCGCACUGGAUGGACCGAGUCAGCCUGGACAGACGACACAGAUUCAGCCACAGAGUUCAUUCGUGCUCAUCUUUCUCUGCCUGUAGAGGAGUGGAACAGCGGCGAUGAAAUUAACUGCACUGCUGAAUAUGAUGGCAAAAACAUCUCUAAAGCUCUGAUAAAAUGGGACUCCGAUUCAGCCUGUGGACCAUUGCUGUAUGUGGGGCCUGUAGCAGCAUUUCUUAUCAUUGUUCUGAUAAUUAUCACAUUUACUUAUUUAUGCCGAGGUCUGGAGGAUAAACAUGCUUUAACCACGGAAGUUGAAUAUAGGAUCGAAUUUGGGCCUCGAUUUGCACCUGAAUUAGAUGACGGACUACAAAUGUAA